UAAUCAGCGUUUGUGUCGUCAUGCAACAGUCAAGGACAUUUCUUGCAAAGUUGUUGUUUAAAAAAAAAAAAAAUAGAGAACAAAAACACUAAAUCUCACAUUGUCCGCCUUGUGUCAACAUGUUUUCAUUUUGCCCUUGAGCAGAAAGUAAUUACAGACCCGUCAAAGACCUUUUUUCGUGGUAUGUGCUUUUCCUAUAGAGUCUUGUGGGGGAGGGUCUUGUCGCCUAUGUCACGGUAUAAGUUAAAGACAGUCUGCUGUGUACUGUGCAUACCAGACCAGACGGUUUCCUACUGACUUCAGCUGAAAGGAAGCAGCGGUUGUUUGCAUCUGUCCCACAGAGUCUGUCUGAAGCGUCUCUCUGCACCGUCAGCAUGCCGGGAUCAGGAGCGUGCACCUCCAUCAUCAACCUGCGUUACCAGGACGGCAGAGAGGGGAGCCCCUCCAACCCUGCCAAGUUCAACCGCCAAGACCACGCACAGCUGAGGGACGCCUGCGUGCGCAGAGGGAGGCCGUUUGUGGACAACACCUUCCCACCGAACGCCCGGUCCCUGGGGCAGCUGUAUGCACUGACCGUUGAGCAGGAGGAACGCGUGGAGUGGCUCCGACCAGCUGACAUCUUGAAAAUGCAUCACGUCGACGACGAGCCGGUCUUCUGUCAGGGGGGAGCGUCGCGCUUUGACUUUGGUCAAGGCGUCGUCAGCAACUGCUGGUUUCUGGCCGCCGUGUCCUCACUGACGUGCAAUGAACAGCUGACGGCGCAAGUGGUGCCGAUGGACCAGGCCUUCGCGGACGCAGGGGGAAUAUUUCACUUCAGGUUCUGGAGGUUUGGAAUGUGGUUGGACGUUGUCAUCGACGACCACCUGCCGACCUUAGACCACCAGCUGCUCUCCGUGCACAGCAAUGGAGUGAAUGAAUUCUGGGUCCCUCUGCUGGAGAAAGCAUACGCCAAAGUGUGCGGUUCAUACGCCGACAUGAACAUCGGCAUCCCAUCAGAAGCCUGCAAGGAUUUCACCGGGGGCGUGAACAUGUCCUACGGGCUCGGGGAGGCGCAUCGCGAGGGCCACGACGAUGACCUGUGGCUCUCGCUGACCAGGGCCAGCGGGUGCAAGUCGAUGAUUUGCUGCGGGACUCCACCGGCAGGGGAGACCUUUGCGAACACCGUGGCACACACUGGACUGGUGGACGCACAUGCGUAUUCCGUCACAGGCGUCACCGAGGUCGAAUACAAUGGCUCCAAGGUGAAGCUGGUGCGGAUCCUGAACCCUUGGGGCGAACAGGAGUGGACCGGGAAGUGGAGUGACAGGUCAGGCAUGUGGAAAAAAGUGAGUCCCACAGAUCAGGAAAAGCAUUUUAAUCGCAACGAUGGAGAGUUCUGGAUGGAGUUGGAGGACUUCUGCCACAAUUUCAAUAUGGUGUCCAUGUGCUGUGAGAACCCCAACUUUAUUGAUGGAGACCUCACCUGCCAGUGGAAAUGCAUGAUUUAUGAUGGCAGCUGGGCGGCAGGGAAGUCUGCAGGCGGCGCCAUAAAUGCCGAUACCUUCCACACGAAUCCUCAGUAUCGCAUCCAGGUGACCAUCAUAGACGAGAAGGAGCCGGGAGACAAAAACAUCCUGCUUUCGCUGAUGCAGAAGCCGCUGCUGAAUCGCCAAAACAGACGAUUCUACCAAAUUGGACUCACCGUCUUCAAGAUUCCACCUGGGACCCCGCAGGGACGCCUGAAAGCGCCCUUCUUUCGCGCAAACUUCCCGGUGAAGGAAAAACAGCUGUACAGCUCCGACAGGGAGCUGAUCGAGCAGCACAGCCUGGAGCCUGGAGAGUACGUGAUCGUCGCCUCCACCCAGAAACCCUACAUGACGGCGGACUUCGUUCUCACCGUCUACACCAAGGCCGAGGCGAAGAUCAGUGCCCAUGACGGACAUGAUGAUGAUGAUGAUGAUGACGACCACGAGCACCACGGACUGAUCCAUCCCCAGAUCCCCGGCAAAUCCACCGCCAAGGAUCCCGUCCGCGCCCUGUUCGACCGGUUCGCCGAUCAGAACGGUGAACUGAUUGCCUCACAGCUCCAGAGACUCCUCAAUGACAACUUCGCUCAUGCGACCCCGUCCGGCUUCGAUUUGAAUACCUGCAGCAGCAUGAUCGCUAUGAUGGAUAUCGACCAGCGGAUGACGAUGACCUUCACUGAAUUCUCCGUUCUCUGGAAGAAGAUGCACGAAUACAAGAGACUCUUCCAUCGUUCUGAUUUGAAUCAGAAUGGAUGCCUGUCUGACAGAGAGCUCCAGAAGGCUAUCGAGGCUGCAGGGAUGAGUGUGAACGAUUUCACAGUGAGGCGGGUGAUUUUCCGGUAUUCGGGCUUCUCGUCCACCACCUUGAAGAACUUCAUCACACUCAUGAUGCGCCUGGAAAACUCAUCAAAAGUUUUCAAGAACAAAUCAAGCGAGGGCAUGAUCCACCUGACCUGGGAGGAGUGGUCCAACAUCUCCCUGUACAACUAAACCAAAGCUCAACACAGAAGCACAAGAGAAGAUUCCUACAAUCCAACAUCACCUGUUGGAAUUCGUGUCUUCCUGCAAGGAAACCUGUAAAGCAGGAACACGUUUCUGUUAUCAAAUGAUCCUUGUGGAAUAGGUAUUUUUACCUUCUGAAUUAUGAGCAGUAGAGGAAACUGUGGACCGGAAAUCAUUUUAUUAACUCAUCACUGAUUACGAGAGAAAGUUACAAAAAACCUCAACAGAAGUGAUUAAACACAACAUCACUGGUUCACAGGUCGUUCCGCACUCGUCCAGCUUCCCAGUUCGGUUUAUGCGCUCAUUCCUGUGUGUGAUGGAUUUAAUUCACAAAAAUUAAAUCCAUCUAUAACAGUCCCAAGUCCCGUUGGAAUGGGACAAGGUUGGCAAGAAAGUUUGAGUAUUUCUCAUUGUCGUCAAAUCCAAUAAAAUGCGUUGUCCAUGUAUUCACAGGCUUUUCCUUCUGUUGUUGGCCAUGAAUAUUUUAAAAAAACACCAAUAAGCUGCAUUGUUGUACUACAUUGUUUCAUAAGUAUGAACAUGAGCACUGGAGUUAAUCUGGAGUAGAAUGUGUAUUAAUCCACAGAUGAAAGUCUCAAACAAAUUUACUCGUUUGUGAAAUGGUGAUCAGCUGUUUUAGGACAUUAUGGAGUCUUCAAAUCAAACUAUAUUUUCAGUGGGAACCAGGAACCUUGGGAAGAGGAAAGUAACAUGUUUUUUAAGGGGAUUUGUUGAAGAAGAAGAAGAAGAAAACAUCAUAAGUCGUAUCCUCUUAAUUGAAAUAAAGGUUUUAUGCAAUUCA